AUGUCUAUGACCACAUGUCAGAAGGUCACUCUGCUGUCCUGCUCCGUGCUCUGCGUUUCUCUGUUCCUGCCCCGGAUGCUGCUGCCCAGAGCCCACCAGGACACGGCUCAAGCGGAGGUUGGACCUGGGUUCUACCCUCCCAUGAUGCACCAAGCUCGUCCAUCCCAGGACCCAGAGCAGUGGGGUCUGGACCCUGGGCACUCGCUCACUCACCCCAGAGAGACUGUGUUCAAAGUGCGGGGCAUCGCCCAAAAGAACAACCUCAUGACUCAAGUCAUUCCCAUCUAUGGCUUUGGGAUCCUUCUCUACAUCCUCUACAUCAUCCACAAGCUAUCAUGUAAGGGAAAGCCAGUGAAAACUGUUGGUUCUGCAGAUACACACAAACCACAACUGGGCCACACAUUAAAUGAGUAUGAGCUUGCCAAGCUCCAGCGCAGACUGCUGCAGACGGAACAGAUGAUGGAGAUGAUUGUCUCUGGGAAGAGCAGAAGAGAUGGAAGUGGCCAGAACAGGAAAAAUAGACAGUCGAAAAAAGAGGAGAAAUUAUUACGGCACUUGAGGCAGAUGGCUGAACUCAUGCAAGAGGGAAGAUUGGAGGGAACAUCGCCAGAGAUGGAGGCUGAGGAGGUGCCCUAUUUCGCCGGCUGGGAAGGUUACCCAGAGGAGACAUUCCCAGAGUAUGAGGAUGAGCUUUGUCACAGAAAGAGACGUAAGAGAGCGCCCCUAGUGGCCACUGUGAGUCAGCCCACAGCAGAGGCCCUCGCUGAGAGGAUGGAGCAGGAGGAGGAAGAGGUGGCUCCAAGAAAACUUGAGGUGCUGAUCGAGGAGGAGGAGGAGGAGCUGGAGGAGGAGGAGAAGGAAGAAACAGAAGGGGAAGUAAAGACAGAAGAUGAUGAUGAAGUGGAAACCAUAGACAACAUAGAAGAGGAAGAAGAGGAGGAAGAGGAGGAGGAAGAGGAGGAGGAGACAGGGCGCCUGCUUGGUCCUCCUUCCCCCAUGUUGAUGUCAGAGAAGAAGUUCCUGGGACUGGAAGUGAGCACGGAGCUGCGGAGUCAAAGCCCGGGUAAAAAAAUCACCUUCAGCGAUCAGCGAGACGUUUACCGCUAUCCACGAGAAGAUGCCUGCGAGGAGGACAAGGAGGAAGAGGAGUGUGAAGAAGAGGAAGAGGAGAGUGAAGAUGAGGAGGAGGUGCAGGCUGCUGGAGAAGUACUUCUGGCAGAUGAAGAAGAUCCAGUGAUGGAGGCAGAGAGUCUCCUGUUCACUUGUGAUAUUGGGACAAACCCGGAGGCAGAAGCAGAGGAGGAGACAGGGGGCGCUCUGUCAGAGGAUGAAGUCCAGCAGCAGCAGCACACAGAACACAGCAGUGGGCUGAGAAUGAGAAACAGGCGAGAUACAUAA